AGAAACAAGAGAAAAAGAAGUACAGUAACGAGUUUGCGUUUCUCCUUCUCUCUGUUUCCUUCAUUCGUUUCGCGAUCGACCACCGCACCGCAGCACCACUCUCAAAUCCGGUCUCAAAUCUCUCUAUUUCUCAUUCUCUCAGUCUCAGGCCGCUCUCCGCCGCCGCUCUCAGCCUCUCUCUCGCAGUCGCAGCGCACACAGUUGUUGCUUUGUCACAAUAUGUAUAACGGAAUAGGGUUACAAACUCCAAGAGGGUCUGGUACCAAUGGCUACAUUCAGAGCAACAAGUUCUUCGUCAAGCCGAGAACUUCCAAGGUUGCUGAGAAUAUGAAGGGCUUUGAAGGAGAUCAGGGUACUGCUGGUGUUUCCAGAAAGGCUAACAAAGAGAUUCUUGAGCAUGAUCGUAAGCGUCAGAUUCAGCUCAAACUUGUUAUUCUUGAAGACAAGUUAAUUGAUCAGGGUUAUACUGAUGCUGAGAUCGCUGAGAAACUCGAGGAGGCUCGCAAUAGCUUGGAGGCUGCAGCUGACGAAAAUGAUUCUAAUUUGGACAAGGUUUCUGAUACACAGACUCAUCAAAUUGCUGCUAGAAAGGAAAGGCAGAUGGAAACAUUGAAAGCUGCUCUUGGCAUAGUUUCAUCUGAAGCUAAUGAAUUAAAUGCAGAAGGGAAUGAUGAGGGGCCUGACAAUGAAGGGAAAGAUGUUUCUUUUGCUGAUGCAAAACAUAUUCUGAAACCUGAACAUUCCUUUUUGGACAGAGAUUUCAGUCGGAAGAAACAACUGGAGGUAAUUCAAAAAGAAGAAACUACUAAGAAAAAGGGUGUUAAAGACACAAAGCACCACAAGAAGGGUGGGACUCUCAAGAAAAAGUACAAGGAUGAUUCAUCCGAUUCAGAUAGCAGUACGGAUGAUGAGAAGACAGGUAGAAGGAAGCACAGUAGGGUUGAUACUGACAGUAGUGAUCGAUCUGAUUCUGAUAGUGAUGCUAAGAGGAAGGUCAAGGCCAAAAAGAAGCAAAAGACAUCUAAGCACCACAAGAAAGGCAGGGUGGAGGACAGUGAUGAUACUGAUUUUAGUUCUGAUACUGAUGACAGCAUCCGUGCAAGAAAAAGUAAUAAAAAACCAGAAAAGGCUAGUAAGAGGCAUGAUUCAGAUGGUGAUUCUGAUCAUCAUGAAGUCUUACCUAGGCAUAAGACUAAAGAAGUGGAGGGACAUAUGAAGAUGAGCAAACGUUAUGAUUCCGAAGAGGAAUCUGAUGCUGAUAGUGAGGAAGAGAAACAUGGUAGACUUGAGAAGCAGAAAACGAGAAGGUAUGGUUCUAUUAAUGAGGACUCUGGUAGAGUCGGUGUUAAGCAUGCUUCAGGACAAGACAAACGUGUUAAAAGGCGAUCAUACUCUUCCUCUGAUGAGAGUCGCAGUGAUAGUGAUUCGGGCAGCAGUGAUAGUGAUCGCAGGUAUGAAAGAACUAGAAAAAGUGGGGUUGUAGCAAAGAGAGGUCCACCAAAGGAGCAAAUAAAUGUCAGAGGUAAUGCUGCAGAAAAAGAGAAAAAUAGUGCUAAUGUUGAUGGAUUGGAUUCUUUAAGAAAAUCUUAUAGGAGAGAUUAUAAAGAGGGUUCAAAUUCUAGAAGUCAGGCAAUGGCAAAGGGUGACAAGAUUGAUGAAGACAGAGAUAGGGAGACUGUCAAAUUGGCUAAGCAUGGUGGAGAGGAUAGGAAGUUUGGUAAAACAGAGUCUGAGUCAAAAUCUCGAAUUUAUCAAAAUGAAAAUCAAGAAAGAGAUGAUUAUUCUAAGUCAGCUAGGCUCGGAGGGAAUGAUAAUGAAACUGAGCGGAGAGGCAGAAAUUAUAACAGGGAUGUUGAAUCACAAUCUGUUGGACGAAUUGAUCGGAAUAGGGAGGAUUAUGACACAAGAACAAAAGGAAGAAAUGAUAAUGAUUAUAAAAAGGAUCAAGAUGACCAUGGAGAAAAAAAACAUGGAAGGAAUGAAUAUGACCGCACAGGAAGAAAGCAGUUAAGGGAUGAGGAUGGUUCAAAAGAUCGAGUGCUUAAAAGGGAUGGGGAAGACCAUCCUGAGAAAAAGAGCUUAAGAGAUGAGGAUGGUCGUGGAGAGAGAAAACAUGGAAAGGAUGAAGAUUAUCCUACAGGAAGAAAGCACUUGAGGGAUGAGGAUGAUCAUGGAGAAAGAAAGAUUAGAAGGAUUGAGGAUGAACGUACAGGAAGAAAGACCUUGAGGGAUGAAGUAGAUUAUGGAGAAAGAAAGACCUCAAGGGAUGAGGAUGGUCGUGGAGAGAAAAAGAGCUCUAGAGAUGGGGAGGAUCAUAGAGAAACAAAGAUCAGAAGGAUUGAGGAUGAUCGCACGGGAAGAAAGACCUUGAGGAAUGAAGAUGAUUAUGAAGAAAGAAAGCACUUAAGGGAUGAGGGUCGUCAUAGAGAAGCACAAAGCAAAAGGGAUGGGGAUGGCAGUGGAGAAAUAAAGAAGUCAAGGGAUGAGGAUGAUCGCAAAGAAAGAAAGAACUCGAGGGAUGAGGAUGAUCGCAGAGAAAGAAAGAACUCGAGGGAUGAGGAUGAUCGCAAAGAAAGAAAGAACUCAAGGGAUGAGGAUGAUCGUAAAGAAAGAAAGAGCUCAAGGGAUGAGGAUGUUCGUGGGGAAAGAAAGCACAGAGGGGAUGAUGAUUAUCCUGGAGAAAGAAAGCGCAGAAGGGAUGAUGAUGAUCAUGGAGAAAGAAGGCAUUAUCGAAGGGAUGAUGAUGAUCGUGGAGAAAGAAGGUACAGAAGGGAGUAGGAAGAUGGAUAGCCAUGAGGGUUACUCCGAGAAAACCAAAUACUAUGUUUCUAGUUCAAGGGAGAGGCAUGGAAACCGAAUACUGCAGUCCAUGGAUUCAGAAUGCUUCUUUACUACUUUAUUAGCCUUUGAAUGUGGACCUGAGUAUUAUUUGUUGUCUUACGUUUCUGUUGCUUAAAGCAUGUAAUUUUUUUAGUGUGUUUGAACUAUUUAUUAUUCAUGUUUUGCCCAGAUUUCAAGUUGAGUUCCAUCCAACUAGUCAAUUUUGUUGGUGUUUUUCCUCUUAAGAGUUAAAUGAAUUUUCAAGAGUGGAAUACUGAACGUGCUAUUUUCAUGAA